AUGAAAGAAAUUAGUUUUAACUCACUUAAACCCAGAUUAGAUGGUGUUGACAUGGCGUCAAGGAGCUACAGAGCCCGUGUUCUCUGCCAGCGGGUGGCUGGGGUGAAGAUGAUGUUCAGGGGCAUGAGUGUCAUGGCUCACCCACGUCCCCAGACAGACUUCCUGAAAGGAGAAUUGCACAGGAAGCACCCGGGUGUGACAAACCUGAAGACUCUGCGGCUACCGGAUGAACUCCAGAUAGCCGCACAGUCCAUCAUCUACAGAGCGCAGGUGCCUCAGCUUCCCGAGCGCGUUCGCAAGCUCACGAACUUCCUGUGGAGCCGCAAGCGAGCAGUGGAGGAUGUGGCACUGAGACAGAGGGCAGUGAGCCUGGAGAAGGAGCUGUGGGAGAAAGCCAUGCAGAAGAGAGCAGAUAUGGAUGAGCAGCUGCUGGAGGACCGCAUCAGGAAGAGGGUUUUCUCAGAACUCAAGAAAACAACGUAUCACUGGACUCGAUUGAAGUUCGACGAAGAAUUGGGGGUUGUGUACAUGGCAGCUCGGCUUGCUGGAGGCUAUGCAGCCGUGAGGAGAGCCCUCAAUGAGAUAAAGAAGAGGGAUCCCUCAUUUGCUCCCCAAUCACUCCUGGAUUUUGGCUCAGGACUCGGAACAGUUGCCUGGGCGUCCCACUCAUGCUGGGGCCACUCGUUGAAGGAGUUGGUGUGUGUGGACAGCUCUGGACCGAUGAACAUUUUAGCAGAACGACUCCUCCGAGGCGACGACGAGAGAGCCGAACCUCACAUCAAGCAGGUUUAUUUCAGACAGUUUCUGCCCGUCUCUCCAAAGGUGCAGUUUGAUCUGGUGGUCGCAGCUUUCACGCUGUCGGAGCUUCCCAACACCAAAGAACGAGAAGAGGCAGUGAUCACUCUGUGGAGAAAGACGAGCUCUUACCUGAUUUUGGUGGAAAACGGCACCAAGGAGGGUCAUCAAAUGCUGAUGGAGGCCAGAGACACCGUACUCAUGAAACCAGAGAAAACCGCCCACGACCCCAGACCAGCAUCGGUUUUUGCUCCGUGCGCUCACGAGGCGAUGUGUCCCAAACUGGCUCAGGAGUCCGUCACACCCUGCAACUUCCACCAGAUGUACUUUCCCCUUCCGGGGCCCGGGCACAAAGACCGUCAGACGGAGAAGUUCAGCUUCCUGAUCCUGAGCCGGACGGCCCCGGCGGGGGUGGAGGCGGAGGGCGUGGCGUGGGGCCGGCUGAUCGCGCCGGUGCUGCGCAGGGCGCGGCACGUCCACUGCAGGAUGUGCUGCCCCGACGGACAGCUGCAGCACGUGGUGGUCACCGCAAAGAAACACAGCAGGGACGUGUACCGCUGUGCCCGGAAUAGCGACUGGGGCGAUCGACUGCCGAUCCUUGAAAAGGCCACGGAGGACGUCCACACAGAGUGA